AAAAAUCCACCGCCAAUCUCUCUCUCUCUCUCUCUCUCUCUCUCUCCCCCCUUCAUUUGUUUGAACGGACCCCGCCCAGAAACCCCUCAGGUCGUCGUCAAUGGAAGAACCUAUACCUGCCCAGACCACACCGACUCAACUCUCAAACCCUCCAACUAUCGCCCAGUGCCCACCUCCAAAACCUCCUGCUCCCACUCCUCUGCCUCCGAAGAGCAAGAAGAGACCGCUUGACACAAGUAUUCAUAUCCAGAACCCUAACUACUUUCAGAUGCGUGUCGUUAUUAAAGAGCUUCGUCCUCAUUUUCUUGAGGUUCUCCGGACCCCCGACUUUCGGAAUUGUAAGGCAGCUGAAGAAAUACGAGAACAGAUGAAACUUCUGAAGGAACUAUACAAAAAGAUCACUGCAGAAACAGUUUCCGUGAGUAAGAGUAAGAAUGUGGCAGAAGGCCAGCCCUUGUCAGGUGAAAACCAGGAUGAUCAGAAGCCGCAAGAGCAGCCCCAGGAUCUUAAGCCAACUACGGAGCAGCCUCAACAGGACAAGGCAUUUGCAACACCAUCUGAGAAUAAGUUCGUCUCAAGUGUUGCGUCUGAGAAGCGGGGAGAGAAGCGGGGAGCUGAUGAUGUUAAAAUUCAUGGGUCAUAUGUUAUUGGAGGAUCAGCUUUUGGCUGGAAUUACAUCACUUAUUUAGGCGAUGAUCCAGUCUAUUAUGGAGUAACCAAAGAAUCAUUUCGAAUAAGUAAUUCGUCGAAGUAAUUCCUUUGUUUUUUUUUUUUCGGUCGUUGUUGCUUUCACUCUUGGUACCAAUGUAUUCAACCCGGACCUUGAAAAUUUCUGGCACUCACCCCAUGUCAGUAGUGUGAGUUGUUCUCUACAAUGGUAUCUGGUAAUAAUAAUGGGCAUGGAGUGUUCUUGCAA